AUGAGCGAGCACAACAGGAUGAAGGAGUUGGGUGAUGAAGUGGCUAUUCGGUGCGGAUGUGCUAUAUCAGUGACUCAUGGACUACCUUGUGCAUGCACCAUUCACCGCGUAAUUACCCAAGAUAGGGCGUCGUUACAUGUUGAUCAGGUUCAUCCAUUCUGGAGGACGCUCGUUAUUGGAGAGCAUGCUAUUCCACAGACGGUCCACCGUGAACAGGAGGAGUUGGAGCAGUUUCGUUCGAUGUUUGGCCGAGUGUCCUCCAGUCACCCUUCAAUCAUUCGUGAUGCUACCCACGUACUUUAUGACAUAUUCAACACAUCAUGCUUGGAUCACGAGGAACCUAAAGGGGUCGAGCGACCUAGAGGUCGACAACCACGGCGGAAUAGGAGAAGAAUGGAUAUCGAUCAGUUUCCAUAUAAGGACAGGAUCCCUAACAUCAUUAUGGCAUACUUGGACGGGUGGAAUGAUGUGGUUGCAGAUGGUAACUGCGGAUUCCGGGUCAUGGUUGAUGUGUUUCAGAUGGGUGAAGACAACUACGGUUUAGUGCGUCAGUUAAUGUACAGUGAAAUCGCCUCAAACCGAGGUGUUUGUCGCCAUGUGUACGACCAAGACUUGGAUAGUUCUCUACAGCGUAUCCGGUGGGGAGGAGGACCUUGCGGUCAAAAUCAUUGGUUCGACGCGCCACUUGAUCUGUUUGCCGUUGCAAACAUCUACAAGUGUGCAGUUAUGCAUUUCGGGCUUGGUUUACAUAGUCGAGCUUAUUAUCCAUGUACCACGGUUCUCCCUUGGUGUUCGCGUACGACCGUCACCACACCAGUAAAAGAGUUAGCUAUUGCAUUUCUGGAGCCGUCAUAUAGAAAUUUCAUCCGAUUGGACAUGUCAUCCAAUUUUCCGGUGCCACCGAUCAUACCUCGGUGGUACACCAUUCGCAGAACAAGCGUAGAGGGUUGGGAUGUGUUGUAUCAUGACCGGAUGCGUCAUUAG